AUGUUUAUAGAAGAAAUACAAAUUCGCUGUAUACCUGGGAGUAUUAAAAUAACCGAAAGUUACGUUAAAUUAGCAGGUUCCAAGCACAUAAUUGUCCGCUUCCCUAACUAUGAAGAAUGGGAAAUGGGUUUCUCAUUUGCCGAAAAAGGCGAUCUUCUUGUGAUGCCUAAUAAGAAAAAAUGGAAAACUAAUGUAUCAUUCGUUAUCCUAGUACCAAAAGAAAGUAAUGCUGAUUGUUUAAUAGAUAUAUUAGUAAUAAUAGAAAAGCCAAGAUUCUUAAUAGAAACAGAGAGUAAAGAAUUAGUGAUUGAUAUGAUUAAUAAAAAAUUAUGUCAAGACACGAACAAUGAACUUGCAUGGUUUGCAGAAAAAACAAAGUUAAUGUUACAAUUGCCAGUAAAUGGUAGUCAUACCGAUUUUGGUUAUGAUCCAAAUCGACCAGUUUGCCAAGAUUGA